AUUAAGAUAAUCUACAGACUGAGACUACAGUCACACAGAGAGGACAGCUGCUGGGAACACUGGAAACACUGGAAACCACAAAUUGAACGAGUGUUUUACAACAACAGAGACUCAAAGAGGAAGUAAGUUCCAGAGAACAGGGAGUGGCUGAGCUGUUUGUCUGUGUGUUUCCUCUCAGAGACUAAAUGGCGUCCAGACUAGAGGAAGAACUCUGCUGUCCGGUCUGUCAGGACGUCUUUAAAGAUCCUGUGAUCCUGACGUGUCACCACAGCUUCUGUAGAGACUGUCUGCAGAGCUGGUGGACGGAGAAAGACACCAGAGAGUGUCCGGUCUGUAAGAGGAAAGACUCAAAGGAAAUAUUACCUCCUAACUUUGCUUUGAAGAGCGUGUGUGAGGCCUUCUUACAGGAGAGAGAUCAGAGAGCUUCAGAGGCUCUCUGCAGUCUGCACUCUGAGAAACUCAAACUCUUCUGUCUGGACCAUCAGCAGCCAGUGUGUCUCGUCUGCAGAGACUCAGAAAAACACUCCAACCACAGAUUCAGACCCAUCGAUGAAGCUGCACAACAACUCAAGAAGGAACUUCAGGAAACUCUGAAACCUUUAAAGAAGAAGUUAAAGAGUUUUACAGAAGUUAAAGUGAAGUUUGAUCAAACAGCAGAACACAUUCAGGUCCAGGCCCGACGCACAGAGACGCAGAUUAAGGAGCAGUUUAAGAAGCUUCACCAGUUUCUAGAAGAGGAAGAGGAGGCCAGGAUGGCUGCACUGAGGGAGGAAGAGGAGCAGAAGAGUCAGAUGAUGAAGGAGAAGAUGGAGGCUCUGAGCAGAGAGAUAGCAGCUCUUUCAGACACAGUCAGAGCCACAGAGGACCAGCUGAGAGCUGAACACGUCUCAUUCCUGCACAACUACAAGGCUGCAGUGGAAAGAGUCCAGCAGCGCCCCCUGCUGGAGGAUCCACAGCUGCCCUCAGGAGCUCUGAUAGACCAGGCCAAACACCUGGGCAACCUGGCCUUCAACAUCUGGAACAAGAUGAAGGACAUGGUCUCCUACAGCCCUGUUGUUCUGGACCCAAACACUGCUGGUAAAAACCUCCUCCUGUCUGAAGAUCUGACCAGUCUGAGACGAGGAGAGGAACAGCAGCUUCCUGAUAAUCCAGAGAGGAUUGAUGAUGGUUACUGGUCUGUUCUGGGCUCUGAGGGCUUUAACUCAGGGACUCACAGCUGGGACGUCCAGGUUGGAGACAGUAAAUGCUGGUAUCUGGGUGUGUUACCAGAGUCUGCCCCGAGGAAGAGAGACAUAAUGUCUGGACGUUGGGUAGUAUGGUUCUCUGGUGGUAAAUACAGAGCAUGCUCUCCAUCACAUCCAGUCUCUGUUCUCCCAGUCCAGAAGAACCCUCAGAGGAUCAGAGUGAAUCUGGACUGGAACAGAGGAACGCUGUCGUUCUCUGAUGCUGACACCAACACACACAUACACACCUUCACACACACUUUCACUGAGACGAUGUUUCCAUAUUUUUGGACUAACUUUGAUCUGAAGGUUUCACCAGUGAAAGUCUCUGUGACUGUAGAACACAGUCAUUAAUAAUUCACCGCUUCAUUCUUGUUCAGUCCGGAUCAGUUUGAUCCAGUCCGGUCCGGUCUGGUGUGAUCCGGUCCUGUCUAAACCUGAUUUAGACUGGUGGUUCCAGUGUUCAUGUGUCACUGGGUUUGAAUCUGUCAUGUGACUCGGUGACGUCAUGAUUGGCGGCUGUAGCUGGCUCCU